AUGGUGGGAGGGAAGGGACGUGGGGAAGGGAGUGAUGAGGGUGCGAUGGAGGUUGAUGGUGCUGGUGGUCGUAUGGCUGAUGUGGGCGACGUGGGCGAUAGGGGCAAUGUGGGCGGUGGGGGUGAUGAGGGCGAUAAGGGCGAUGGGGGCGACGUGGCAAUGGGAGGAAAGAGUGAGGAUGAGGCUGGGGCGGUGAGGGAUGAUGGGGCCGGCGGCAAGAAUGAGAACGCAGUGGGUAGACUGCUGCGGGGCGAGGCCACUGCAGAGCUGGAGGGUGUGGUUAGACGCGUGAUGGGGGACAUGAGACAUGGAGAGAGGGAGAGAGGGAUCGGGGAGGGGAUUGGGGAGGAGAGGGACGGGCGUGCUCUAGGGGGGAUACAAGGGAAGCAGUCCCUGCUCUCCGCUCUCGUUCACCUGGCCACGGAGCGGAGUCAGUUAGCCACAGAUGGUGCGCAGCAGGCAAACGAGCCCGGUGGAGCAAAAGCGGAUGCUGUUGCAGCAGGCGUGUGGGAAAAGGAGGUGGGGGUGCUACUGGGGUAUUACUGUGCUGAGCUCACUGCUGCGGUUGUCAAGUGCGCCAUGGAAGGCAUUUCUCCUUUGUCACCGAACCACACUGCCAACAACACCAGCACCAGUGUCACUAACAUCACCAGCAGCACUGCCUAUCCCACCACCUCGAAGGCACAUGUGACACUGGCAGGUAGGGAGACAAGUCGUUCCAACACCAGCAGCAGCAUUGGUGGCGGUGGUAGCAGGCUGGUGUUGCUCGAGGGAUGGUUGGAUGCGGUUCUGAGGGGUGACGGUGACCUGGAUGGGCUGCUGCUGUUGCUGCAGCACUGGCGGCAGGAUGCCCUGGACGGAUCGGCCGAGAGGGAGGCGGGAGGAGAUCAGGGAAAGGGGGAGAGGUUGAAUGAUGAGGAGAGAGUAGGGAAUGCAGCAGCUGCUGCAGCUGCAGAGGCGGAGGUGGUGGAGGAGGAGUGGGGGAGGAGGGGGGAUGAGUUGAGGUGUGCGGCAGAGCUGGCAGCAGUGGUGGGUAGUAUGGCUGGCACGUGCUGCCACCAUUUCUCUCAGUUGGUGGAAGAGAGCACACUCUUCGUCGCCUCUCUCGCCAACGCACCUACAUCCCACCCCCUCUCGCCCACACCACCGUCUGCAACCCCGCUGCGCCUGCGCCCUCACGGGCGUGCAGUAAGGGGCGUCCGCACAGCAGCAUCUGGGGCGGAAGGAGUGCGCGCAGGGGGAGGGGCUGAGCGCAGCAUGGGGAGGGCGGGAAGGAGCCUGCUGGCGGAGAACAGGGCGCUCAUGUCGCUUCUAGCACCAGCUCCACCAGCCCAUCGCCUCUUCCCUCCCAUGCUCUCUGCCGCUCCAACACCGCCUCCACCCCAUGCACCGCACUGCACUCCAUCCCACGCCUCUCCCACAUCCGGCGAGCUGCAGUGGGUGGUGGAGGGUAAACCUUCAGCGUCACCCCACCAUGCCACACCUGCCGUACUUGCUCCCACUCCUGCGCAACGGAUCAGCAGCACUGCCCCUGGUGCUGCGUCUCCUGCUGCUUCCAUGCGCACUCCUGCUGCCACUGCACGAGUGGGAGGGGCGGCUGCAGCAAUGGACGCAGGGGAGUCGGUUUUGCAGCACAGCCAGAGGCAGCAGCAGCAGCGAGAGGUGAUGGUGGAGCGAGUGUGUGUGGAGCUGCGAGCAGUCAUUUCCCUCGCUGCCACCACCAUGGAUGGUCGACGGAACACCACAGCACGAGGCCAGGCCAGCAGCAGUGCUGGUGCAGGGGCGGACAGUGGUGUUGCAUUGGAGGAUGCUGCAUUGGCAGCGGGUGUGGCAGAGGCGGCGGCAGCAGCGGAGGGCAGGGCGAGUGGCAGUGCGGGCAUCAUGUGUGCGGCACUGGCUGCCAUUGCUGACUUGCCGCAUGAGCUGCCCCUCACAUCGCAACAGUACCUUGAGGCGACUGGCAUAGACAGCAGUGCUGCUCCUGUCACUCAACACACCGCAGCUCCCCCUUCAACUACACCCGCCACUCAUUCUCUCCUCCACGCCUUGUUGCUGCAGCACCAGCAACAGCCUUCGGAGGCAGCAGCAGGGAGGGCAGUGCCCCCCUGGAGGGGGGUGCUGCUGACACUCGUGCGCCGCAACAUUGCCACGCUAGGGCCCUUUGCCAGGCAAUUGCUGCUGGACGAGGGGUAA